GCCCAGACGCGGAGAAAAUGGCAGCAGGGGUCGAAGCGGCUGAAGUAGCAGCGACAGAGCCCAAAAUGGAGGAAGAGAGCGGCGCGCCCUGCGUGCCGAGCGGCAACGGAGCUCCAGGCCCGAAGGGUGAAGGAGAACGACCUACUCAGAAUGAGAAGAGGAAGGAGAAAAACAUAAAAAGAGGAGGCAAUCGCUUUGAGCCAUACACCAAUCCAACUAAAAGAUACAGAGCCUUCAUUACCAACAUACCUUUUGAUGUGAAAUGGCAGUCACUUAAAGACCUGGUUAAAGAAAAAGUUGGUGAGGUAGCAUACGUGGAGCUCUUAAUGGACGCUGAAGGAAAGUCAAGGGGAUGCGCUCUUGUUGAAUUCAAGAUGGAAGAGAGCAUGAAAAAAGCUGCUGAAGUUUUAAACAAGCAUAGUCUGAGUGGAAGACCACUGAAAGUCAAAGAAGAUCCUGAUGGUGAACAUGCCAGGAGAGCAAUGCAAAAGGCUGGAAGACUUGGAAGCGCAGUAUUUGUAGCAAAUCUGGAUUAUAAAGUUGGCUGGAAGAAACUGAAGGAAGUAUUUAGUAUGGCUGGUGUGGUGGUCCGAGCAGACAUUCUGGAGGAUAAAGAUGGGAAAAGUCGUGGAAUAGGCACUGUGACUUUUGAACAAUCCAUUGAAGCUGUGCAAGCUAUAUCUAUGUUUAAUGGCCAGCUGCUGUUUGAUAGACCAAUGCAUGUCAAAAUGGAUGAGAGGGCCUUACCAAAGGGAGACUUUUUCCCUCCUGAACGACCACAGCAACUUCACCAUGGACUUGGUGGUAUUGGUAUGGGUUUAGGACCUGGAGGACAGCCUAUUGAUGCCAACCACCUGAACAAAGGCAUUGGAAUGGGAAACCUAGGGCCUGCAGAAAUGGGAAUGGAAGGCAUAGGAUUUGGAAUAAAUAAAAUUGGAGGCAUGGAAGGACCCUUUGGUGGUGGUAUGGAAAACAGGGGGCGAUUUGGAUCUGGGAUGAACAUAGGCCGAAUAAAUGAAAUCCUAAGUAAUGCACUGAAGAGAGGAGAGAUCAUUGCAAAGCAAGGAGGAGGUGGAGCUGGAGGCAGUGUCCCUGGAAUCGAGAGGAUGGGCCCUGGCAUUGACCGCAUUGGCGGUGCUGGCAUGGAGUGCAUGGGCGUAGGCCUAGGCCAUGGCAUGGAUCAAGUGGGCUCUGAGAUUGAGCGUAUGGGCCUGGUCAUGGACCGCAUGGGCUCAGUUGAGCGCAUGGGCUCCGGCAUUGAGCGCAUGGGCCCACUAGGUCUUGACCACAUGGUCUCGAGUAUUGAGCGCAUGGGCCAGACCAUGGAGCUAAUUGGCUUUGGCGUGGAGCGCAUGGGUGCCAGCAUGGGCUUUGGCCUAGAGCGCAUGGCCGCGCCCAUUGACGGAGUGGGCCAAACCAUUGAGCGCAUGGGCUCUGGUGCAGAACGCAUGGGCCCUGCCAUUGAGUGUAUGGGCCUGAGCAUGGAUCGCAUGGUGCCCGCAGGCAUGGGGGCCGGCCUGGAGCGCAUGGGCCCUGUAAUGGAUCGUAUGGCCACGGGCCUGGAGCGAAUGGGCACCAACAACCUGGAGCACAUGGGCCUGGAGCGCAUGGGAGCCAACAGUCUGGAGCCCAUGGGCCUGGAGCGCAUGGGAGCCAACAGUCUGGAGCGUAUGGGCCCUGCCAUGGGCCCGGCAUUGGGCGCUAGCAUUGAGCGAAUGGGCCUGGCCAUGGGUGGCGCUGGAGGUGCUAGCUUUGACUGAGCCAUUGAGAUGGAACGGGCAACUUUGGAGGAAGCUUCGCAGGUUCCUUUGGUGGAGCUGGAGGCCAUUCACCUGGAGUAGCCAGGAAAGUCUGCCAGAUAUUUGUGAGAAAUCUCCCAUUUGAUUUUACAUGGAAGAUGCUAAAGGACAAAUUCAACGAAUGUGGCCAUGUGCUGUACGCCGACAUCAAGAUGGAGAACGGAAAAUCCAAGGGGUGCGGUGUGGUUAAGUUUGAGUCUCCAGAGGUGGCUGAGAGAGCCUGCCGGAUGAUGAAUGGCAUGAAGCUGAGUGGCCUAAAGAUUGAUGUUUGAAUCGAUAGAAAUGCUUAAGCAGUUGCCUUUUUUAAACAUCAAUACCAGACCUCUAAAUUUGUAUUUUUCCUUGUUAACCAUUUUAAUUUGUUGGCUGGAUGUAUAAAGAUGUUUAAAAAAUUCAGUUGCUUUUUGGGGUAAUCUGAAUUAAUAUUUUAAUGAUUGGGGUUCCAUUUGACUGUUUGCAUUGAGAUUGCAAUGUGCACAAUUUUUUUUGUAGUUGUGGCAUCUUGUUGACAUCAAAUAUGACUUUGAUAAUAAAUACCAGUUCCAGGAAAAA